UAAAUACUCCAGCCUCUGUUCACUUUCAAACACUCCCAACAGACAAACAGGAUAGGACAUCCAAAAUUAAAAUCCAAGAAUCUAAUAAGCCUUCUCCAUCCAGGAAUCUGGUCUCUGAGUCUCCUUCAUCAAGGUCUAAUAUCAUCCUUACCUUUCCAUGGAGACAACGGUCAGAGUGGAGAGAAACACAAGAGAGACCUCCUCUCACUCCUCUUCAAAGGCAAGAAGAGGGCCCAAGAAGGACAAUUCUGCCUCCUUACGGGAGCGGCGACACAGACAUGGCAAGGCGGUGAAGCCAACGGUGCCAGUGAGGAACAAAGCGGUCACGGGCACGGAAAGCGAGGAGGCCGUUGCCCCACCGGAGCAGUCGGAGGAGGAAAAAGUGAAGGGGAACUCCACAGUCAUCAACGUGGAUAGCGUGAGGGACAACGAGGAGGAAGAGGAGGCGCUCGGACUUCUACAGUGGGAGCAGCAUGAGGAUGGCUUAAAGCAAAGGACUCUGGGUGUUUGUGAAUGGCUCCUCAUCGUUGUAGCUGUUGUCAUCAUAACCCUUUCCUUUCCCCUGUCCAUCUGGCUCUGCGUGACGGUAAUCAGGGAGCAUGAAAGAGCCGUGAUCUUCAGACUGGGGCAUCUACUGAAGGGGAAGCCUAGAGGACCAGGACUCCUGUUCUACAUCCCGUUUUUAGAUGUGUGCCAGAAAGUCGACAUUCGGUUGAAAAUGCUGAAAGUUCCCAUUCACACGGUGGUGACUAAGGACUUGGUGAGUACAGAGCUGAGCUCUGCCUGCUAUUACCGCGUAGAGAACGUGUCGCUGUGCUUCACUGUGCUCUCCGGAGUCUCCUCCAUGCUACAGGCGCUCGUCCAGCUCACCGACAGAGAGGUCCUGGCUCACCGCACCUUCAACCAGAUUCUGCUCGACAGGAAGGACAUCACCAAGGAAAUCCAGGUGGCUCUGGACGCUGUUACCUCUAAGUGGGGAAUCAAGGUUGAGAGAGCAGAAAUAGAGGAUGUCCGCAUCCCCGCCGAGCUUCAGCGCAGUGUGGCUGCGGAGGCGGAGGCCAGGAGGCUGGCCCAGAUCAAAGUCAUCGCAGCAGAAGGAGAGAGAGCGGUCUGUGAAGCCCUCAAGGCCUCCAUAGAUACGCUGUCGGGAUCCCCGGCUGCAGUCCACCUGCGCCUGCUGCAGCUCUUGCACACCCUGCGCACAGACCACCCGGCCCUUGUCCUCAACCUGCCCUGCGACCUCAUGGCCCUGCCCUCUGACGUGUCCACCACCCUUGGUCUACCUCCAGCCACGCCCACAGAUGACGACCCCACAAAGACCUCCCAUACAGACUCCCCCAUGAUGUAAACCGCCAUCCUGUUCCACUUUCACACAUUAAAGAUCAAUCCUAGACGAGACAUGAAUAAGCAAAAAUAAAAAAUAGUUUUCUUGGGUGUCCUCCAGGUGGCACAAUUUCACUCCCGGAUCGAAAUGCGACAUUCAGGUGAAUCAGGGACUGCAAACAGUGUGCGACUGUGGGAGUUAAUGCGUGAGUGAUCUCAGCCAGGCAGGCAUCCUGACCAGGGAGUGCCCUGAGUUAUGGCCCAUAUUUCCCAGGACAGGCAGGAUCCACAUCACUGGAUGGAUGGAUCGAUGCUUUAUUGUUUCUCGGGGUGUUUUAUAAAUAUUUUGAGUCACUGAAAAAUUCCUGAGGAAUAUUAUCACACUUCAUCAACCAUCAACACAUCCAAAGGCAGAAGCUGUAAAAAUGGUUUAUGCUGGGCUCUCUGUGUGCUAUUUUUUUCUUUGCUUUUCUCAUUGUGAUGCUGUACAAGAAAAAUAAACUUACACAUGAAUUUGU